CCCAUGAAUUCCACCAACAUCUACGAUGCAAAUGAGGAUUAUUUUGGGUUGGCUAAUAGUUCAGAUUAUUCACUCGAUGUUGAUAGCUUUCUAUGUUCCUUGCAAGAGGUCAGAAAGUUCUCUGGGCUAUUUGUGCCACUCGCUUACUCCUUGAUAUGUGUCUCUGGCCUCCUGGGCAAUAUUUUGGUGGUGGUCACCUUUGCUUUUUAUAAGAAAGCCAAGUCUAUGACAGACGUUUAUCUCUUGAACAUGGCCGUCGCAGACAUACUCUUUGUCCUUACCCUCCCGUUCUGGGCAGUCAACCAUGCUACUGGCGAGUGGAUUUUCAGCAACGUCAUGUGCAAACUGACCCGGGGCAUCUACGCCAUCAACUUUAACUGUGGGAUGCUGCUCCUGACCUGUAUCAGCCUGGACCGCUACAUCGCCAUCGUUCAGGCCACCAAGUCCUUCUGGCUCCGGUCCAGAACCUUGGCUCACCACAAAGUGAUCUGUUUGGUCGUGUGGGUGGUGUCGAUCCUCAUCUCCAGCUCGACCUUCAUGUUCAACCAGAAAUACAAGCUCCAAGGCAGCGAGGUCUGCGAGCCCAGGUACCACACCGUCUCCGAGCCAAUCCGCUGGAAGCUGCUGGUGCUGGGCCUUCAGCUCCUCUUCGGCUUCUUCAUCCCGCUGGUGUUUAUGAUAUUUUGCUACAUGUUUAUCGUCAAGACCUUAAUUCAAGCUCAGAAUUCUAAAAGGCACAGAGCCAUCCGCGUGAUCAUAGCCGUGGUCCUUGUCUUCCUGGCUUGCCAGAUCCCGCAUAACAUGGUGCUUCUUGUGACCGCCGUCAACCUGGGCAGGACGGACCGCUCAUGCAGCAGCGAGAGGCUGCUGGGCUACACCAGGAACGUCACCGAGGUCCUGGCUUUCCUGCACUGCUGCCUCAACCCGGUGCUCUAUGCCUUCGUCGGUCAGAAGUUUAGAAGCUACUUUCUGAAGAUCAUGAAGGACCUGUGGUGUGUGAGGAGGAGGCAGAAGUCGCCAGGCUUCUCCUGCUCCCGGCUGCACUCGGACAACUUCAUCUCCCGGCAGAACAGCGAGACUGCGGACAAUGACAACCCGUCCUCCUUCACCAUGUGACGCCCCCCAGGCUCGGCGCGGACGGGCGAACAGACAGGACAGAAAUGCACGGGGAA